AUUCCUAUUGAAGAGUGUCCAUGCACAUGGAAGGAGAAGAUAUUUGCUCCUGGUGAUGUCAUUAAAGCAACUUGUAGAACCUGUAAAUGUACAAUGGGCCAAUGGACCUGUACAGAACAACCAUGUCCUGGCACGUGUUCUUUGGAAGGCGGUUCCUUUGUCACCACUUUCGACUCUAAACCAUACAGAUUUCAUGGUGUCUGCACCUAUAUCCUUUUGAAGAGCUCCAUGUUACCACACAAUGGAACUUUAAUGGCUGUAUAUGAAAAGUCUGGCUUUUCCAAUUCAGAGUCAUCCUUGGCAGCUAUCAUUUAUAUCUCAGAAAAAGAGAAAAUUGUGAUUUCCAAGAAUGAAGUGUUCAAUGAUGAGAAUGAACUUAAGUGGUUACCUUACACAUCAGGGGACAUCAUCAUCUUCAGACAAUCUUCAACUCACAUCCAGAUGCACACUCCUUAUGGGUUGGAGAUAUUAAUUCAAACUGAUACAGUAUUUCAAACUUACAUUAAAGUUGGACGCCAUUUCAGAGGCACAACCCGAGGGUUAUGUGGUAACUACAAUGGAGAAACCACAGAUGAUUUUAUGACCAGUAUGGAUAUUACUGAAGGAACUGCUCCUCUUUUUGUGGAUUCUUGGAGAUCUGGAAACUGUCCACCUGCUAUUGAGCGAGAUACAGAUCCUUGUUCUAUGAGUCAGCUGAACAAAAUAUGUGCAGAGACCUACUGUUCUGUUUUAAAAAUGAAUACAUUAUUUCAGAAAUGUCAUUCUGUGGUGAAUCCUGAUCCGUUUGUCAAGAGAUGUCAAUAUCAAGCUUGUAACUAUGAAGAGACCUUUCCAUAUAUUUGUUCUGCUCUUGGUUCCUAUGCCCGUGAAUGUGCUUUAAAGGGAAUAUUUCUUUGGAACUGGCGCAGUACAGUCGACAACUGCACUGUAUCUUGUACUGGAAAUCAGACAUUCAGCUACAAUGCAGAAGCUUGCGACCGGACAUGCUUAUCCCUCUCCAGCAGAGAAACUGAAUGUCACCCCACUGAUGUGCCUAUUGAUGGCUGCAAUUGCCCAAAAGGAACCUACCUGAACCACAAAAAUGAGUGUGUCCAGAAAGCUCAGUGUCCCUGCUACCUGAAAGGCAGAAAGAUCAUUCUAGCAGAUCAAUACACCGUCAUCGAUGGAGCUACAUGCUACUGCAUUAAUGGAAAUCUGACUUGUAUCGGCAAACCAACAAAUCUCUUAGAAAUCUGCAGCCCCCCCAAAAAGUACAUUUUAUGUUCAGCCUCCUCAGGAAGUAAAUAUGGGGCUGCUUGUGCACCAACAUGUCAAAUGCUGGCCACUGGAACGGACUGUAUUCCUACCAAAUGUGAAUCUGGAUGUGUUUGUGCACCUGGAUUGUAUGAAAAGCUAGAUGGUACAUGUGUGUCACCUGAGGAGUGUCCUUGUGAAUAUGGUGGCAUUUCAUAUGAAAAAGGAGAAGAAAUUAACACUGGGUGUAAUACAUGUACCUGCACAAGAGGAAAAUGGAAGUGCAUUCAGAAUUCCAUGUGCUCUUCAACAUGUAGUCUCUACGGGGAAGGUCAUAUCACCUCCUUUGAUGGACAGCACUUUGCAUUUGAUGGCAACUGUGAAUACAUAUUAGCUAUGGAUGGCUGUGACAUGGCUAAAUCCCCACAUACUUUUAAAAUAGUGACUGAAAAUGUUGUCUGUGGAAAUACGGGGGUCACGUGUUCCAGAGCAAUCAAGGUCUAUCUUGGGAAUCUGACAAUUGUCAUGGGAGAUAAAACAUUUACUGUUUAUGGUAGCAAUCCUCUGGUACAUUUCUUCAUAGAAGAAAAUACACUCCACUUGAUUAUUCAGAUCGCAAUCCCUGGCAAAUACAAUAUGACCUUGAUCUGGAACAGGCACAUGAAUCUAUUCAUCAAGCUUUUCAGAGAAACAAAGAAUCAUCUUUGUGGCUUAUGUGGUAAUUACAAUGGCAAUGUAAAAGAUGAUUUUGAAACACGGAGUAAAUACCUAGCAUCCAACGAAUUUGUGUUUGUGAAUUCCUGGAAAGAAAAUCCUCUCUGUGGAGAUGUGUCCUUUGCAGCUGAUCCCUGUACCAAGAACCCCUAUCGCAAAGCGUGGGCAGAGAAACAAUGCUCUAUUAUCAACAGUCCAGUAUUUGCCCCCUGUCACAAUAAGGUGUACCGGAUGUCUUACUAUGAAUCUUGUGUCCGGGACUCAUGUGGAUGUGACAGUGGAGGAGAUUGUGAAUGCAUGUGCGAUACCAUUGCAGUCUACGCAAAAGCUUGCUUAGACGCUGGUGUCUGCGUUGACUGGAGAACUCCUGACUUCUGCCCUGUAUACUGUGACUACUUCAACACCCAUAAGAGGAUUGGCAUGGAUUAUAGAUAUGUCAAUGAAGUAAAUUGCACUUGGCAUUAUCGCCCCUGUAAAUGUCAAAAUAUGUUACCAGUAACAGAAGUCAAUGUUGAAGGCUGUUACAACUGUUCACAUGAAGAGUACUACAAUUCAAAACAGAAAGCCUGCGUACCAUGUGAACAGCCACCUAUCCCCACUCCAACUGUAACAGCCACCACAAUCUCACCGCACACCAUAACUACACCGGAAACUACAGCAACUUCAUCUACUUCUCCAGUAUCAAAACCCACUGUCUUCCCAGAAUCUUCAAUACCAAGCACUUUGAAGAUCACUUCCACUACCACGAUUCCUCACACCAGCACCAUAGUGUCUACACAUUUUACUGAAAGCUCAGAAACAACUUUAACAGGUACAACAUCCACUUCAACAGCUUCCACAACAAGGAGAAGUAGCACACCAAGAACAACAGAAACAACUUCAUUGUCAAUAACAACAAGAACUACUGAAUCAGCAAAAACCACUUCACAUGAACCAAUAUUAACACCAGUGACAAUUCACCCUCACCCUAUUCCAACAAAACCAUCAAUUCACAAUCAAACAACUAUUACCAGUACAUUAACAACACAACUUAAAACUUCCAUAUCUGUGACAAGUACCCCUACAAGGAGCACCCCAGAAACAUCAUCAGCUGCUACCUCAAAGACCACAGAAUCAACUCAUAGUGCAACCACUCCAAUGCCAAAAACCACAACAGAAACCUCUCCUGUUACUCUGCCAACCUCCACCUCCACAAAAUCGACGCCAAGUAGUACACCCAUCCCGACAACCAUGACCUCCACCCAAACUUCCACCACACCCAUCACACGGACCCACUCUACAACCAGCACACCUCUCCCAUCAACUUCAACGGUGACUCCCACAACAAUUCCUUCUUCCACCAGUAGCCACACAACCACGCCUACGACUACCACUCCAACCACUUCAAUACCCAGUAGCACUAUAAGUAUCACCUCCCCUACAACCACCCUAACCACUAGUACACAACCUCCUUCAACCUCAAUGACGACACCAAUAAAGAGCACCAGUGCUUCAACACAUGAAAUACCAUCAAGGACCCCAUCAGUUUCAUCCACGUCUCCCUCUUCUACUACGAGGACCACAGAAUCAACUCAUAGUGCAACCACUCCAAUGCCAAAAAAACCAACAGAAACCUCUCCUAUUACUCUGCCAACCUCUACCUCCACAAAAUCGACACCAAGUAGUACACCCAUCCCGACAACCAUAACCUCCACCCAAACCUCCACCACCCCCAUCACACGGACCACCUCUACAACCAGCACACCUCUCCCAUCAACUUCAACGGUGACUCCCACAACAAUUCCUUCUUCCACCAGUAGCCAAACAACCACGCCUACGACUACCACUCCAACCACUUCAAUACCCAGUAGCACUAUAAGUAUCACCUCCCCUACAACCACCCUAACCACUAGUACACAACCUCCUUCAACCUCAAUGACGACACCAAUAAAGAGCACCAGUGCUUCAACACAUGAAAUACCAUCAAGGACCCCAUCAGUUUCAUCCACGUCUCCCUCUUCUACUACGAGGACCACAGAAUCAACUCAUAGUGCAACCACUCCAAUGCCAAAAAAACAACAGAAACCUCUCCUAUUACUCUGCCAACCUCUACCUCCACAAAAUCGACACCAACUUCAACACAUGAAAUACCAUCAAGCCACAGGACCCCAUCAGUUUCAUCCACGUCUCCCUCUUCUACUACGAGGACCACAGAAUCAACUCAUAGUGCAACCACUCCAAUGCCAAAAACCACAACAGAAACCUCUCCUGUUACUCUGCCAACCUCUACCUCCACAAAAUCGACACCAACUUCAACACAUGAAAUACCAUCAAGCCACAGGACCCCAUCAGUUUCAUCCACGUCUCCCUCUUCUACUACGAGGACCACAGAAUCAACUCAUAGUGCAACCACUCCAAUGCCAAAAACCACAACAGAAACCUCUCUGUUACUCUGCCAACCUCUACCUCCACAAAAUCGACACCAAUAGCCAAACAACCACGCCUAUGACUACCACUCCAACCACUUCAAUACCCAGUAGCACUAUAAGUAUCACCUCCCCUACAACCACCCUAACCACUAGUACACAACCUCCUUCAACCUCAAUGACGACACCAAUAAAGAGCACCAGUGCUUCAACACAUGAAAUACCAUCAAGGACCCCAUCAGUUUCAUCCAUGUCUCCCUCUUCUACUACGAGGACCACAGAAUCAACUCAUAGUGCAACCACUCCAAUGCCAAAAACCACAACAGAAACCUCUCCUGUUACUCUGCCAACCUCCACCUCCACAAAAUCGACGCCAAGUAUCACCCAUCCCGACAACCAUGACCUCCACCCAAACUUCCACCACCCCCAUCACACAGACCACCUCUACAACCAGCACACCUCUCCCAUCAACUUCUUAAGGACUCCCACAACAAUUCCUUCUUCCACCAGUAGCCACACAACCACGCCUACGACUACCACUCCAACCACUUCAAUACCCAGCAGCACUAUAAGUAUCACCUCCCCUACAACUACCCUAACCACUAGUACACAGCCUCCUUCAACCUCAAUGACGGCACCAAUAAAGAGCACCAGUGCUUCAACACAUGAAAUACCAUCAAGCCACAGGACCCCAUCAGUUUCAUCCAUGUCUCCCUCUUCUACUACGAGGACCACAGAAUCAACUCAUAGUGCAACCACUCCAAUGCCAAAAACCACAACAGAAACCUCUCCUAUUACUCUGCCAACCUCUACCUCCACAAAAUCGACACCAAGUAGUACACCCAUCCCGACCACCAUGACCUCCACCCAAACUUCCACCACCCCCAUCACACGGACCACCUCUACAACCAGCACACCUCUCCAUCAACUUCAACGUCCAUCAAGGACCCCAUCAGUUUCAUCCAUGUCUCCCUCUUCUACUACGAGGACCACAGAAUCAACUCAUAGUGCAACCACUCCAAUGCCAAAAACCACAACAGAAACCUCUCCUGUUACUCUGCCAACCUCCACCUCCACAAAAUCGACGCCAAGUAGUACACCCAUCCCGACAACCAUGACCUCCACCCAAACUUCCACCACCCCCAUCACACGGACCACCUCUACAACCAGCACACCUCUCCCAUCAACUUCAACAGUGACUCCCACAACAAUUCCUUCUUCCACCAGUAGCCACACAACCACGCCUACGACUACCACUCCAACCACUUCAAUACCCAGUAGCACUAUAAGUAUCACCUCCCCUACAACCACCCUAACCACUAGUACACAACCUCCUUCAACCUCAAUGACGACACCAAUAAAGAGCACCAGUGCUUCAACACAUGAAAUACCAUCAAGCCACAGGACCCCAUCAGUUUCAUCCACGUCUCCCUCUUCUACUACAAGGACCACAGAAUCAACUCAUAGUGCAACCACUCCAAUGCCAAAAAAACCAACAGAAACCUCUCCUAUUACUCUGCCAACCUCUACCUCCACAAAAUCGACACCAAGUAGUACACCCAUCCCGACAACCAUAACCUCCACCCAAACCUCCACCACCCCCAUCACACGGACCACAUCUACAACCAGCACACCUCUCCCAUCAACUUCAACGGUGACUCCCACAACAAUUCCUUCUUCCACCAGUAGCCACACAACCACGCCUACGACUACCACUCCAACCACUUCAAUACCCAGUAGCACUAUAAGUAUCACCUCCCCUACAACCACCCUAACCACUAGUACACAACCUCCUUCAACCUCAGUGACGAUACCAAUAAAGAGCACCAGUGCUUCAACACAUGAAAUACCAUCAAGCCACAGGACCCCAUCAGUUUCAUCCAUGUCUCCCUCUUCUACUACGAGGACCACAGAAUCAACUCAUAGUGCAACCACUCCAAUGCCAAAAACCACAACAGAAACCUCUCCUGUUACUCUGCCAACCUCUACCUCCACAAAAUCGACACCAAGUAGUACACCCAUCCCGACAACCAUAACCUCCACCCAAACUUCCACCACCCCCAUCACACGGACCACCUCUACAAACAGCACACCUCUACCAUCAACUUCAACGGUGACUCCCACAACAAUUCCCGCUUCCACCAGUAGCCACACAACCACGCCUACGACUACCACUCCAACCACUUCAAUACCCAGCAGCACUAUUGGGUUCACCCCCACUACAAGCCCCCAAACUACUAGUACACAGCCUCCUUCAACCUCAGUGACGACACCAAUAAAGAGCACCAGUGAGUCAACUUCAAUUAGCACGUCGCCUCUUACCACUACAAGAGCACUUAAUGUCUCCAGUUCGCCUUCUCCUAGCACUACUUGGAAAACAAGCCUAAGCACAUCUUUUGUUCCCAGUGUGCCAACAAGUGCAACUUCUACUUUCUCCAGCACUCCAGUAACCAUACCCACCAAGACCACUUGGACUACAGAGCCACCUACUGUCACUCUUACUUCUACUACUUUUUCUUCCACAAGUGCUCUUUACACUAGCAGUUCUGUUCCAAAUAUUACAACCAGUGCUCCAACCCCAACAAGCCCAGGGAUAUGUAGUACUAUUGAAUAUGAAGAACAAGUGUUUUAUAGGGGUUGUGUUUCAAAUGUUACUUUAACCCGUUGUGAAGGCAUGUGUCCAUCAUCAACAAGGCAGAAGAAUGCAAGGAUAGAAAAACAAUGCAAGUGCUGUGCGCCACAAACUUCCUACAAGAAGGAAAUAGAGAUGCCGUGCCCCAAUCCGGAUAACCCGAGUGAACGACUUUUUAUACAUAUCCUUAUAUUUGGUGAAUGUGUAUGCAAAGUAGAGGCAUGUGUAUACUAGCCAAAUUCACCAGUAUCAACCCUGAAGCAAUAUUUAAAAUAAACCAUCAGUUGCUAUUUACAUUAUA